AUGGAGAACUCCGUAAACAACUGCGUGAGACAAAGAGUAUUCUCUAAUCACCAAAUCAGAACAAUAAACGAAGAAGAAAAUCAAGAAGAGAGUAGUUGGAUUAUAUACUUUGAAGAUAUUGAUCAUGAAGAUGAAAUGAUAGAAACCGAAGAAGAAAUGAGUCAUUACUACGAUAAUGAUUCCUCGAUGAUCUCAGACGCUGCAUCUCCUGUGCACACCACAAAGAUUAAUAAUGUUGUUCGUCGAAAGGCUAACAACAUUAAUACAAACCCUAAAAAGAGACGAAUCAUUCAUCAACCCAAAGAAGAAGAAGAAGAAAAACGAAAAGGAGAGGAAGAAGAAGAAGAAGAGGAAGACACAGCCUCUUCUCCUUCUAAUAAAACUAAGGGUUUUAGUGUGUUGGAUGGUGUGAAAGAUAAUACAGGAUUUGGAAAAUCCAUGGACAAUAUUACAUCCAAGGUGAGCGGAUGCAUAACAGACACAGGAUCAAAGAUAAUUGAAGAAUUCUCUGCGGAAUUGAAGAAGAGAGGACUUUGCGUAGUUCCUUUAUCGAUGUUAUCUAACUUUAUUGCUUGAUGAAUCUUUUCUCCAAGUUUUUAACUGUGAUCAUUAUUUUUUAUUUUUUUUCUGAUUCUUUGAUGUAAAAUCUCUACUAUUAUCAACAAGUAAAUGUAUAGAAAAUCGAAAUUCAUAUUGAAAACUAAACACUUUGCAAA